UGAGACGCUGCACGAGGUUCAAAAAUGGCGGAAUUCGAAAGCCCAAAGAAGAAGAAAACACCAAAGAAAACGAAGGAAGAGAGCGAGAAUCUGUCAGAAUCUAUACAAAAGCACCCAAAAGAGAAAUCCCCAGGUUUAAAGCGGAAGUCUCAAAGUUCGUCCGACGAUGAAGACGCGGCCAAAAARCCUAAAAAUGUCGCUUCCAAAGUCACUAAUGGCCAACUUGAUGCUUCCUCUUCUAACUCAAAAUGGACCCUUCAAGAAGAAGAAGACCUUUUUGAUAAAGUUGAAGAAUAUCUGAUGACCAGGGAGGAGGCUGAGGGAACUAAAAAACCUAUAUWUAUCAAACAUAUAGAUUGGAGUAAAAUUGAUUGUGGCGAUCRUACUUCUGAAGAAGCACAACAUAGGUUCUUGACCAUUUCAAAUCGUGUUCGAAAGAUGCGAACAGCAAGCGAGGUCUUAAWAGAUAUGAAACAAGUUCAUAAGAAGACAACAGUUACGUCCGCGAAGMAGAAGGAUGUCGAUCCAGAAUUACCCAAGAAGCCUAAUACGCCAUAUAUCAAGUUUGUUAUGGCAAAGAUACAUGGGAUACAAGGGAGACAUCCUGAAAUGAAGCACCUUGACAUAACGCGAAAACUUGGAACCAAGUGGAACAAUCUGUCUGAAGAAAAGAAGAAGAAAUACUUAGACAAAUAUCACGAAGAAAUGGAGAGUUAUACACUUCAACUCGUUGACCACCUGAAAAGCCAUAACCCAGAAAUUAGCCCUCCAAAGAUGAAGUUCGAGCUGUGGGCUGAAGAAGAGGAAAAGAAGAUAAAAGAAGAAAGACCUGAUAUAUCUGAGAAAAAACUAGCAAAGAAACUGAAACGACGAUGGGAGAAUCUGGAUGAAGAAGAAAAAGCAAAAUGGGAGGAAAAGGAGAAAAAGGAACUGAAAAGGUUUAGGGGCAGAAUAGCAAGAGUUAAAAAACGAAAACAGAAGUCAGAACUUAAACUAGAAAGUUCUUCUGAAGGAAAAUCAGAUAAUUAAGUCAUGUUUUCAUUGCUAGCACUGAUUAAAAACAACAGCUGCAAAAGGUAAGUUGGGCAAUAUACUGCUGUUAAUCAGAGUGUUUAAAGGUACCAAAUGACUUGUUUGAUGUUAGCCUGUGUGGUCAGGCUCUUCACUUGCUUUUCCCAGAAAAGUGAGCGAAGAGCCUGACCACACAGGCUAGUUUGAUGUAUAGUAGUCUAAUGCCUGAUUUCCCUUUGCGACUGGUGUCUCCAUCAGUGUGUAGCAAUGAAAAUAGUUGUAUGGUUGGCCAGACAUAUAUUUAUGUACAUCUCAUUAGUAUAACAUGACAAAAGUGUUCUGUAUCACUUCAAGCCUGUUGGACUGAUUUUGGAAUGGGGUGGUGAGGUUGAUGCAAAAUGAAGAGGCUUGUCAAAACAUUGGGGGUGGGGGGAGGAGGGGAGUAGGGAUUGCAUUCACACCCUAUGCCCUCAGCCUAUGGUCCUGCAGUUUUAUGCCAAGAUCUGAUUUAAUCAGAACUCUUGCAAUUGAGAAGUAACAUAUAUGUUUUUGUGCUUCACUAUUUCCGUGAAAUGGCUUCCACCAGGACUAUAUAGUGCUUUUCUUAACAAUCACAGCCAGAUUUUAAUGUUCCAUGGAUGCACCCAAAAACUGUAUCUUAUAGUGUGCUUGGUGUCACUCUAAAUUCCAAAGAAAUGAAAAAAUGUUUUGCAAAUAAUUCUCCUCAUUUAGCCAUACUCUUAUAAUUAUUUUAAUUCAAUGGGAUCUAAUAUGUAUCACCUUGUAAUCCCUAUUGUAUAUCCCAUACAGAUGGCCGCAAAUUUACUAGCAAUUUUAUUUUAUAGACCAAAUUCAAAACUCGCACUGAUGUGAGGCUUAAGUUGUGAACAAAGGAAUCUGGCGUGAUUCGUGACUUUUGAAUCACGCCAGAUUACUUUGAGUCACGCCAGAUCCCUUGCGAGUUUUGAAUUUGGUCUAUAGUGUUUAGUAAAAACGACUCAAACACUUCUUACUGUGAACUUAGUAGUGAUAUUUUAAUAAAAAUAUCUUAUUAAUAUAAA